UUCUCUCUUCUCUCUCUCUCUCUCAAAUUAUUCCAAACCAAAACAACAAUUAAAAAAAAAAAAGAAUAGAAAUGGAAAAUAAUCUACCAGUAAUAGCAAAGAGAGUGUGGAGCAUGGUACGUGUGGUAUUCUUCAUGUUAAGAAAAGGCAUAUCAAAGGGUAAACUAAUGAUGGACCUCAACAUGAUGCUCAAGCGCCGUGGCAAGCUCGCCGGCAAAGCCAUUUCCAACCUAAUGUUCCACCACCAUCACCACGGUGGCUCCACCUCAAGCCGCCGCUCCCAUGACUCACACCUACAAUUCUCUGCCUCAAGGGAGUACGAGUUCAGCUGCAGCAACACACCCAACAACUUCUUCCCCAUAGGCAAGCGCCACCGCCACAACAACCACAACCAUUUCUUCACCUGUGCUCAUGCCCCACCCACCCACGACGAUGACGCCGUCACGGUCAACGCCGUCAAGGCGGUGCUGGAGAUGCUAAACAAUGAGGCUAUGGUAGAGGCAUCACCUGCGCUUCCAGGGUUCGGAAAGAGCCCAAUGGUGAGGCCCUUGAGGGUGACAGACUCGCCGUUUCCGCUCCGAGAUGACGACGGCGACAAGGACAACAUGGUCGACAAGGCGGCGGAAGAGUUCAUUAAGAGGUUCUAUAAGGAUUUGAGGAAGCAGGAUUAAUGAACCUAGCUUGGUGUUUAAUUAGUUUAAUUUCUCGUCUGUUAAUAAUAUGUAUCGUUGAUUAUCAACGUUGUUAAUCAUUAAUUUUUGGAUAUUUUCAUGACAUAUAAUCCCGAGUUGUUUCCUUUGUGGGAGUUUAGGUCGCAUGUUGUAUGUUGUGUGUUUAAUUUAAUUAUUGCUUAUAAACAAUAAAAGAAGAAAUU